AUAUAUAAAAAAAAAAAAAAAAGAGUUGAAGUCAGAGCAACAUGGAGCUGCUCUAUCUUCUCUGCUCCAUCAUCUCAGCUACCAGUACCUCCAUCAUCCUAUCUCUCCUCCUCCCCUUCCGCCACCUCCUCCGCCGCAUCUCCACUUCAUUCUCCUCCGUGGACAUCGACAACUCUGCCGCACUCUACCAAGGCACAGUCUGGCACGAGCGUCGCCGCCCUGUGCACCACUCGUUCCGCUACUCCGUCCGCUACGCGCUCAUUGAUCUCCAAAAUUCCCACGCGCCUCCCAACCACCUCUCCGCCGACGAUGCCCGCUCUAUUUCCAACACUAAUGGACCCGUAUUUCUGCUGACAAUACCUCCUAGCGUGGGAUAUGAACAAAAUCCGUUGAGUUUGUACUAUUGCUAUGACGAUGAAGGCUCGACCCGAUCUUUGAAGAAAUGCAUUGCUGAGGUUACAAACACACCAUGGGGUGAAAGAGUGACAUUUUUAUUCGAUCCAAACUCGGAUUUAGUUGCAAAGCCUCUUCAUGUCAGCCCUUUCAUGGAUAUGCGUGGAAACUGGAGAAUGAAAGCAAACGAACCUGCUGAAAAUCUACAUGUGGUAAUAUCAGUACAACACCCCGAACUCGGUAACUAUUUCACUGCCACAUUGAUUGCUAAACAAGUGACCUCUUUAACGCCAGUGGAUCAUUCACGAUUCUUCUGGUUGAUGCCUCAUAAAGUUGCAUUGUGGAUUUAUUGGCACGCUCUCAAACUCUGGUGGAAGAAUGUUUCCUUUGUACAACAUCCGAGAUAUCAGAAUCCCAAUUAUAGAGAAGAAGCUUUACUGCGCGACGAAAAGAUUCAAAAUUGCCCAUUAUUUGGAAAUAAUGAAGCAGACGACUUUCAAAUACAAGGAACACCGUCUGAUCCAGCAGCCAAACUGCCAAGCAAUCGCUGCUUUGAUUGGAGAGACGCUGAAUGGCCCUGGUGCUGAAUUUCUACCUGUCACGACUCGGUUAUUGUCUAUCUCGAAAAAUUGCAAAAUGAAGAAGGGGUGGAGAUUCUGAAAAUCAAAUAAACAGUUACUAUGUAUGUACUUCCGAUUCUUUUGUUUGAUUUGUACGGUUUAUUUUACGGAAUCAAGUUAUGAUUAUUUCAUAAUGAUAUAUGUUGGGUGAUCAAAAUCUUGAAUGACACUUUUGAAUUUAACAUUAUAAAUCGAUGUAUAUUUUAGUUGGCC